GGUGCCUACCUGGGCCCAGGUGCGCUCCGCUCUAUGUCUGUCGGUGAUGAAGCGGGCCCAGGUGGCAUCGGAAGGAGACCAGGCCGAGUUCCCAAUGGAGCCCCUGGGGAGCCAGGUCGCGGAGCCGGAGCAGCUGCAGGUCCCCGCCGACGAACUACGGCUUGAGAGUCUCGAGAGCAGCCCGAAUCUGGUCCGAGCCGUAAAGAAGGCGGCGGGCGCGGGCCAGGACCUCGCCGGCGGGAAGCAGCAGCCCCCGGCCCGCCCGGCGCUCACGCGGCUGCCGCCAUCCAGCCUGGGCUACGGCGCCUUCCGCCGCCAGACGUCCGCGGACUCCGAGCCGCCGUCGCCCGGCCCUUCCGUGGCCGAGCGGCCCCGGGCCGGCGAGGCGCCGGGGGCCGAGCUGGUGUCGGGGGAGCAGCUGCCUGGCGCCUGGGCCCCGGUGGAACUGCAGGUGGACGUGCGCGUGAAGUCCGGGGGCGCGGCCGGGAGCAGCCGCGCGCCCUCGCCGGCGCCCUCCACGCGCUUCCUCACCGUGCCGGUGCCCGAGUCCCCGGCCUCCUCCCGCCACGCCUUCCCCACCCACCCGCUCCUGCCGCGGACCCCAGCGCGGCCGGAGCGCGGCCUCGACGCCGAGGGCCGGGCCAGCCUCGCCGACGGGCGCGCGGAGCCCGCGGGCUCCCCCACCACGUGCGGCGGCCGCUGCAGGGAGCUGGGGCUGGAGAAGGAGGACGCGCUGCUGCCCCGCGCCGAGACGGACAGCGACGAGAAGCUGCCCCGGGCCAUAAAGAUCAUGGGGCUGCCUCUGUACAUGAAGUCCCUGCGCUGGGCCCUAGUGGUCAUGGCUGUGUUUCUGGCAGUGUCCGCGGUCACCAUUGUGGCCCUGGCUUCUAGAGUAGGGGCCACUUGCCAGCCGUGCCCCCCAGGCUGGAUGUGGUGUGAGAAGCAUUGCUACUACGUCUCUGCCGAGGCUCGGGCCUGGGAGGCCAGCCAGGCCUUCUGCUCGUCUCACCAUGCCACCCUCCCCCUGCUGGGCCACAUCCAGGACUUCCUGAGCAGAUACCCAGUCACCAAGUACUCCUGGGUGGGGGCCCAGCGAGGCCCCCAGGGCUGGCACUGGAUUGAUGGGGCUCCACUACCACCCCAUUUACUCCCGGAGGAAGAUGAGGACCAGCAGGAUCUCAAGUGCGGGGGCCUGGAGGAAGGCAAGAUUGUGGCUUGGGACUGUGCCUCUCCAAGAUCCUGGGUCUGUGCCAAGGGGACCAAGUGAUUUGGGUUCUGCCCAUCCAGAGACAUCAGGGCCUGUGGCCCCUCAGUGGAGGCCAGGGUGCCGGCUGGGGUAGCCGCUCCCCUGGACCCAGGCUUCCAGGUGUCCCUGCCCUGUGCUCAAGGGGCCCUCCCUGAGCGAACCCGGGACUGGACUUCUGGUGCAAGCAGGUCACGUCCAAGGGAAAAGAGGUUUCCUGUGGCCCCAGGCAGAGUGUAUUUUAGUCUCCGGCUCCCGAAGCGGACUUGUUUGGUGACCUUGGGAUGGCUUCUUAGCGUCUUGGAGCCUGGGUUUCUCCCUCAUUAAAAUGGCCAUUUCCCAUCCUACCCCUGUACCUGUUUGGUCACACGUGCACACCCUUUUGGUCUUAAGGACCAGGAGGACUUCACGAUCACAGGUGCUGCCCGUCGGUUCUCGCCCGGGCCCGCAGAGCCCGGGGACUUGGCAGCCGCCGGAAGCGCCAUCCCCGGGCACUUGGGGGCACACCACCCACCAGCAGUGUCUGCAGGACAGGACAUGCGAACUGCACCCCACCCCCCGCCCUGCCCCGGAGGCGGGAAGAGGGUUUCCUCCCGGGCUGGCGAGGGUGGGCGCAGGGCUGGCGGGGCUCCCGAGGCAGGGAGGGUGCAGCUCUCCCGCCCGGGGCCGGAGAUGCCACGCGAGCCACAGAGAGUGGGGUCCCAGUGAGAAAGGAAAUUAGAAUUGUGGAGACACCGGCCUGAAGAGGUCUGUGUUGGGGUUCAGUGAGGGGCCUUUGGGCCGAGGGAGUGGCCACAGGGUGAGCCGGAAGGACUGGUUCAGUGUCUCCAGCCUGCAUAGACCUCUCUCCAAGUGACAGGAGGCUGUACCUGCGUCGCAUCUUGGCGCUGAACAUCCGAUGCGACUGUCCCGUGCGGACCGGCCUUCCUCUCUGGAGGUAGGCCAUGCAUUCGGGUUCCUGUCAGACUGAAGCCUUGAGGGGUCCGUUCAGACCAGAGGUUUGCACGGCACGGAUGGGCCGACCGGCGGAAAGUGGGGGGGUCCUUAGAAACACUGGGGUUUCUCUUGGCUUGCUUAUUCCAACUCCAGUUGAACCCCGCAGCCUGGUAACAGGUUCUGCUUUCACACCACGAAGUCCUUCUCCGCAGACGUCCUGAGUCCGGCAUGUCGGGCCGGCUUAAGGCGGAGGGCCCGGCUCGCAGCUACCUCGGGCCUGCGGCUUCGGGGGCACAGGUGCCCAGGGCGUGGCGGUUUGGUGGCGGGGCCUGGAAAUUGGCAAGUGUUGUAGCUUCCCUUGGUGAGGCAGGGCAAGAAGAGUGAACGUGGGAUCUAGCGUCCUAAGAAGCUGCUAGUUCCUGCCCAAAGCAGGCAGACCCAGAAAUAGCGGUGUUAGUAUAUCAUUUAGAAAUACGGAAACAAAUGCUAGAAGAAAUGACAAAAACAAUUUUUCUAAAGUUCGUUCACUUACAGAACCAGCGGGGAAGGCGGGCAGAGAGAGACGGGGACAGAGGAUCCAAAGCAGGCUCAGUGCUGACAGCACAGAGCCGGAUGUGGGGCUCAAACCCAUGAACCGUGAGAUGGUGACCUGAGCUGAAGCCUGACGCUUAACUGACUGAGCCACGCAGGCGCCCCAUGACAAAAAUAAUUUAGAGUGGUUGCCUUGAAACUUACCAGUGGUGACAGAAGUCAGAAUAGUGGUUGUCUGGGGAAAUAUGAACCGAGAAGGGGCACCUAGCAAACAUUCUAGGGUGCUGGAAACGGUCUGGGUCUUCGUCUAGGCGGGCUCAGGGGGGCACACAUGUAAAUAUUCAUCAAGCUGUACCCUUAAGAGUAAAAAGCUUCUCAGUGUCUCCAAGGAGCAGAAAUAAGGUCACAGAGGGACCAAUCUCUUUUGAUUUUUAGUGUUACUAAAGCCAUAUUCACAUGUUUGUUUUUUUAAGACCCUGUAUUUAUGUACUACUAUGAUUAAAAGAAGAGUUGGACGGGGCACCCGGGUGGCUCAGUCGGUUAAGCGGGUCACAAUCUCAUGGUUCGUGGGUUCGGGCCCCACGUCAGACUCUGGGCUGACCACGUGGAGCCUUCUUGGGAUUCUCUCUCUCCCCAUCUCUCUGCCCCUCCCCUGCAGUCUCUUUCUCUCAAUAAAUUAAAAAAAAAAAAAAAAA